AUGGGCGACCAGGCCUACGAUGUCAUCGACCUGGACCCCUACGGCACCUGCUCCCCCUUCCUCGACGCGGCGGUGCAGGCCGUGGCCGACGGCGGCCUGCUGUGCAUCACGUCGACGGACAUGCCCGUGCUGGGCGGCAACCACCCGGAGACCUGCUUCGCCAGGUACGGCGGGUCCUCCCCGAAGGCCAGUUACGUGCACGAGAUGGCACUGCGGCUGGUGCUGCACGCCGUCGCCACCAGCGCGGCCAGGUACGGGCGGGCGGCGGCUCCGCUCGCCUGCUUCUCCAUAGACUUCUACGUGCGCCUCUUCGUGCGCGUGUUCGACUCCCCGGCCACGGCCAAGCGGCACGCUUCCAAGACCGGGAUCGUCCACCAGUGCGUGCAGUGCGAGAGUUUUUGGGUGCAGCCCCUCGGCGAGAUAGCCGGCGAGGAGGAGAAAAAGGACGAGGCGAAGCGCUUCAGGCUGGCCCAGGCCGUGACCCCCGGGGGGGACUGCAACGAGUGCGGAGGGCGAGUGCGGAUAGGCGGCCCCAUGCACAUCGGACCGCUGCACGACCAGGACUUCAUCCAGAAGCUGCUGGAUGCAUGCGAGGAGCGGUCACAGCUGCCUGGGGUCACCAGCUGGAAGAAGGUGACCGGACUGAUCACCGCCAUCUCCGAGGAGCACGAUCUGGCGCUCUACUACAAGCUGCCCCAGCUCUGCAAGGGGCUCAAGCUGCCACCCGUGCCCCUCCGCCAGUUCCGGGGCACCCUGAGGGAGCUCGGGUACCGCGUCUCCCACUUCCACCGCGAGCCCGAGGCUGUGAAGACGGACGCCCCGAACUCCGUGGUCUAUGACCUCAUGCGGGUCUGGGCCGAGGAGCACCCGCCGAAGUCGGUGCAGCUGCCGAAGCUCAUGAAGAAGGAGGUCUCCCUCAAGCGGCCCAUCGAGUGGAGGACCGAGGAGGAGCCAGAGAGAAAGGCCAAGGUCGCGAAGUUCCUGCCGAACCCGGCGCCCAACUGGGGGCCGAAGCCCCGAGCGCGGGGAGGACUCGAGCCCGUGCCCGAAUCCGUGCCGGAGGCGGCCGCGCCCGCUGCCGCGGAGCCCGCCGCGGAGGCGGCCCAGGAGGUGGCCUGA